AGCUCAGUGGACUAGGUCAGGGGCCCGCCCCGCCGCGUCUGCUUAAAAAUCGCAUAACCCUAUAAACCCACAAAAAGAAUCUGUUUCUACCAGUCUCUUGUGCGCGCGGCCCUCGUGGAAGCGCGGUACUUUGAGGCCUGCUGUGAAGCACCCGUUGCAUCCUUUUCAUUUCUGGCACCAUGGCUGGAGUUCCUCAGUUCGCGUCUUUGUACGUGGGCGACCUGCACCCGGAUGUCACAGAGGCGAUGCUCUACGAGAUCUUCAACUCCGUGGGGCCCGUGGCGUCGAUCCGCGUGUGCCGCGACAGCGUCUCCCGCAAGUCUUUGGGCUAUGGAUACGUGAACUUUCACAGUGUCUCUGACGCCGAGCGUGCCUUGGACACCCUGAACUACUCGAGCAUCAAGGGGCGUGCUUGCCGCAUUAUGUGGAGCCAGCGCGAUCCCAGCCUCCGCAAGAGCGGUCUGGGCAACGUCUUUGUUCGGAACCUUGACCGGAACAUCGACAACAAGGCCCUCUACGACACCUUCAGCCUGUUCGGGAACAUCCUCUCAUGCAAGGUCUCGACCGGACCGGACGGCAAGUCCCGCGGAUACGGCUUCGUCCAUUAUGAGACCGAGGAGGCGGCCAAGCAGGCGAUCGAGAAGGUGGAUGGCAUGCAGAUUGGCGAGAAGACGGUGGGCGUGAGCGGCUUCAUCAAGCGUGCAGAACGUGAGAAGCCGGCCAUGAACACCUUUACCAACAUCUACAUCAAGAACUUCCCGAACCACUGGGAGGAGGAUUCGAUCAAGACAGAGUUCGGAAAGUGCGGCAACAUCACUUCCUCUCACAUGAGCACGGACAACAAGGGCCGGAAGUUCGCCUUCUUGAACUUCGGGUCGCACGAGGAGGCGAAGCAGGCCAUCGACACCCUGCACCAGAAGGACUUCCGCGAGGCGGAGCAAAAGGAGGCGGACAAGGAGAAAGAGGAAGAGGAGGCGGACCGAGCCGAGAAGAGCUACCUGCUCUACGUGUCCCGCGCCCAAUCCAAGUCCGAGCGCCUCUUGGAGCUGAAGGAGAAGAUGCCCCCCAGGGAGACGGGCCCCAAGUCCCAGGGCGUGAACUUGUACAUCAAGAACCUCGAUGAGAACACGGACGACGACUCCCUGCGCGGGCUCUUCGAGCCCUUUGGCAACAUCACCUCCGUGUGCGCGAUGAAGGAGCCGAACGGCAAGUGCAAGGGCUUCGGCUUCGUGUGCUUCAGCUCCCCGGAUGAGGCCACCAAGGCAGUCACCGAGAUGCACCUCAAGGUGGUGAAGGGCAAGCCCCUCUACGUGGGCUUGGCCGAGAAGCGCGAGGUCCGCGCCGAACGCCUCCGUCAGCGCUACUCCCCGAGCGGUGUGGGGGGCAAGGGCAUGGGCGGCAAGGGCAAGGGCGGCAAGGGGGGCAUGGGUAUGGGCGGCGGCGGCGGCAUGUACGGGAACCCCAUGGGGGGUAUGAUGCCCGGCAUGGGCCCGAUGAUGGGCAUGGGCAUGAAGGGCCAGGGCAUGGGCCAGGGGAUGAUGGGCAAGGGCAAGGGCAUGCCCAACAUGCCCAUGAACCCCCAGAUGAUGGGCAUGGGCCCCAUGGGCAAGGGCAUGCCCAACAUGAUGGGCCCCAUGGGCAAGGGGGGCAUGCCAAUGCCCAUGGGCAUGGGCCCCAUGAACCCCAUGGGCAUGAUGCGCCCCACCAUGCCGCAGAUGCCGAUGAUGCGCCCAGGAAUGCCGAACCCCGCCAUGCCCCAGCCUCAGAGCCAGCCUGCCGGCGGAGGAGGAGGCGGUCAGCUCACCGCUGCAGCCUUGGCUGCCGCCCCCCCGCCGGUGCAGAAGCAGAUGAUCGGCGAGCGGCUGUUCCCGGCCAUCUCCAAGUAUCAGCCGGAGCUGGCCGGAAAGAUCACAGGAAUGAUGCUGGAGAUGGACAACUCCGAGCUGCUGAUCCUCCUCGACAGCGAUCACCAGCUGAAGGCGAAGGUGGACGAGGCCAUGCGCGUGCUGGAGCAGGCCAAGUAAGCAUCAAGGAGUGGUCCAUGACCCGGAUGACCUGGACAGAUUUCUUGGAUCUCCGGGCGAGAGUGAGUCGGGAGGCGUGCAACAGACUCAGUCACUUUGACUCGGUACCCCCGGACAAGCCCCGAAUGCAGUGA